UUCAUUUCUUUCAUAUUGUUAUCACAAAUGAUUUAGCUUCAGAACUCCAAUUUUUUCAUUGUUUUAUCUAAUCAUAAUCAUGAAUCCAGACCAAUUUGCUCAAGAAACGAUGUUUUGCUCCUUUCUUCCCGGGGACAUUGUCAUCGACAUUCUUUUGAUACUUCCAGUAAAGUCGUUAUCACGCUUCAAAUCCGUAUCCAAACCCUUUUGUUCUUUAAUCAAAAACCCUAAUUUCAUCUCGAAACACUUUGCAAAAACUAGCAAAGAAAAAACAUAUCAUCUCCUAAUUAUGGGUCGCCAUCACAAAACUCUUGAUGUAACGGUAUGUUUAUUAAUUACUUCACUAACAAAACCUCGCGAUGUUAUUACACCACCUCUACAUUUGGACGUGCCAUUUGGUUUGACUUCUGAAAAGACAAGAAUUGUAGGCUCUGCUAAUGGCUUAGUCUGCUUGAAUUUAAUUAACCAUAAUGGCGUCGCGAUUGUUAUAUGGAAUCCGGCUAUUAACAUGUUCAAGCCAGUGCCAAAAUCUCCAAAUGUUUCAACCCUAGGUAAACUCACUGUAACGGACUUAGGGUUUGGUUAUCACCCUGGGAACGAUGACUACAUGAUUGUUCGACUCCUGAAAGUUGCUACGUCAAGGAGGAAGUAUGAGGUUGAAGUUUACACACUGAGCACGAAUUCAUGGAGAAAAAUAGCAAGUGAUGGACGCGUUUUACUAGUGAUACGUCCAUUUUGGAGACCCAUGGCACCUGGGAUGAUCGUAGUAAAAGGUGUUGCCUAUUGGGUAGGAGUUGAAGUUAGAAAUGAAGAAAUGUGUAGUGUUGUGGUUUCUUUGGAAAUGACUAGUGAGGAGUUAAAUUUUAUAUUGCCACCUAUUGAACCUCAAGGCAUUGUGAUUGACCUAAGGGAAGCAAUAACAUUGAGACUUUUUAAUUUAGAUGAAUCUUUGGUUUUGAUUUAUUCUACAAAUCUUGAAAAAGUUGAUAUAUGGAUGAAUAAUGGAUUUGAUAUAUGGGUGUUAAAUGAAGAUGAAAGGACUUGGACUUGGAGGUUUAAAGUUGAACCUAUUCAAGGAUUCUUACUAGAAGCUGGAUUUUGGGAGAAUUCUAAGGCAUUGGUUGCAGAAGAGAGGAAAGAGAUGUGUUAUGAUGAAAAUGGAGAAUAUGUUUAUACUAAAGGCGAGACAAAUUUAUUUUUGUAUGAUGUUAGUAAAGGAGAUUUUGAGAUUAUUGAAAAUCAUGAGCUUCGUGCACCAUUUCAAGCUUAUAGUUAUUUGGAAAGCUUAGUGCCUGUGAAUGGAGGAGUUGAUGUUGCAAAGGAGGUUGAUUUGUCAAAGUUCUUAGAUUUUGACCCUUUACUUUUUUGAGUUCUCAAAUUUAUCUUGAGAUUUCAAAAGAAGUUUAGUUUAAUUGGUAAAACUAUGAUUUCGAUUAAUCUAUACCUCACACUAAUGUAAUUUAGUUUUUAUUAGAUUUUUAAACAAAAGGAAGCAUUGUACUGCAUAUUGUUGUAUUAAGGAUUACCAUUGUAUUUCUCAAUAUGAAAACA